AGUGGAACAUGGCCAAACAACUUUAGCUUUUGUAGGGACUCCAAAUAAAUGUGAAAAAAACAAAACUACCUUCCAAAAAACAGACAAACGUUUGGACAUGAAAUGGUCACCAACCCAUAUGCCGUUUCUCAAGCUCAUAAAAAGUCUCUCUCAUACACAACAAACAAACACCUCUCGCGCACACACACAAACAAACACACAAACAGAGACAAUUUGGUUAUGUGAUGAUUUUGUAUAUGUAAACACAGCAAUUGUAUUUGCUUUGUUUGGUUUAGAUUGUUUUUGUGUAGGUGAUUAUGGAAAAACAAAGUGAUCAUGGACCUCUGUACUUUGAUCUCAACACCGGAGCCAAGAUGCCUUCAGUUGGCCUAGGAACAUGGAAAGCUCCUCCUGGUGUGGUCGGUGAAGCUGUCACCGCCGCCGUCAAGGCUGGUUACAGGCAUAUUGAUUGUGCACGAGCGUAUGCUAAUGAAAAGGAGAUAGGAAUGGCUCUGAAGGAACUAUUUUCCACUGGGGUAGUGAAGAGAAGUGAGAUUUGGAUCACAUCUAAACUAUGGUGCAGCGACCAUGCACCCGAGGAUGUCUCAAAGGCACUGAGCAAGAGCUUAGAAGACCUACAACUUGAUUAUAUCGAUCUAUAUCUCAUGCACUGGCCAUUUCGGACAAAGCCAGGCUCGAGCGGGUGGGAUCCUGAAGUUAUGGCUCCCCUGUGUCUCCCAGAAACAUGGGCUGCAAUGGAGGGCUUGUAUGCUUCUGGACAGGCACGUGCAAUUGGGGUGAGCAACUUCUCAACAAAGAAGCUGCAAGACCUGCUCACAUAUGCGAAAGUUCCACCAGCUGUCAACCAGGUGGAAUGCCACCCUGUCUGGCAGCAGCCUGCUCUCCACAACCUGUGCAAAUCAACCGGUGUUCAUCUCUCGGCGUACUCUCCUCUGGGGUCUCCAGGGUCUUGGGUGAAAGGCGAAAUCUUGAAGGAACCAAUAUUGGUUGAGAUUGCUGAGAAGCUUAACAAGUCACCUGCACAAGUAGCCCUGAGGUGGGGCAUUCAAAGUGAUCACAGUGUCCUCCCAAAGAGUGUUAAUGAGUCUAGGAUUAAGGAGAAUCUCAACUUAUUUGACUGGUGCAUCCCUCCAGAGCUCUUCUCAAAAUUCGCUGCUAUCCACCAGGUGAGUAUCCUUCAAGAGUUGGGGGAUUUUGCAGUUCAUGAGAGCAAGAGCCCCUACACAAGCCUUCAAGAGUUGUGGGAUGGUGAAAUUUGAGAGGAUAAAAUCCAUUUUCUUUGUUGUAAAAAUAAAUUUGGAAUACUGUCAACCAUUAUAUUAUUUUCACCCAUUUAAUAAAAUUUAGAUUGUCAUAGUGUAUCAAGUUCUUUUUAAAUGAAAUCAAACCAAUGUAUUCUAUUUGCUUUCUUGUAAUCAUUGAGUGAGCAAAGUUUUAAAUAUCAAUAUCAA